UGUUUACCUCGUCGUCUGCCGGUUAAAACAAAAACCACAAGUGUUUGACUGUACCAUUUCUGGUUUACUUUAAUAAUUCAACCACAGUUAACUUAUAAUUUGAAUUGAAAAUUAAUUCCCGACAAAGUGUGCUUCCUACUUCACGAGGAAAAUGCCUCCUUCUGUAGGAUCCUUUGCAGUUUUGAUAGGAACGUUAGCCGUUUUAUUCAACUUCUCUUUGCAUAAGAUCGACGAGGGCUACGUUGGUGUUUAUUACAGGGGAGGUGCAUUAUUGAAAGAAACAAGCAAUCCAGGAUACCACAUGAUGUUCCCCUUCCUCACCACCCAUCGUUCAGUCCAGGUUACACUUCAAUCUGAUGAAGUAAAAAAUGUACCAUGUGGAACAUCAGGAGGGGUUAUGCUUUACUUUGACAGAAUUGAAGUCGUCAAUAUAUUGAGCCCUUCAAGUGUGUAUGAUAUUGUCAAAAACUACACAGCUGACUAUGAUAGAACUUUAGUCUACAACAAAAUUCAUCAUGAACUUAAUCAAUUUUGUUCUGUCCAUACUCUGCAAGAGGUUUACAUUGAUCUGUUUGAUCAAAUCGACGAAAAUUUAAAGAAAGCCUUACAAGCAGAUUUAAAUGACCUCGCUCCGGGUUUGCAUAUUCAUGGCGUUCGAGUGACUAAACCCAAAAUUCCUGAAGCUAUUCGAAAGAACUACGAACUUGUAGAAGCGGAAAAAACGAAACUAUUAAUAGCACGAGAGUACCAGAAAGUUGUUGAGAAAGACGCUGAAACAGAGAGAAAGAAGGCUGUGAUUGAAGCCGAGAAAGAAGCUCAAGUGGCCAAAAUUAAUUUCGAACAAAAAGUCAUGGAGAAAGAAUCAAUCAAGACCAUGUCUAUCAUCGAAGAUCAAAUAGUAACGAAUCGGCAGAAGAGCCGCGCAGAUGCAGACUACUAUUCGCUGGAACACCAGGCAAGGGCCAAUAAAUUACUCCUGACACCAGAGUAUCUUGAACUAAAGCGUUAUGAAUCGAUAACGGCCAAUACGAAGCUCUUUUUCGGAGCCAACAUACCAACCCUUUUUAUGGGUGGCGAUGCGCAGCUUUCCAAUGGUGGCUUACCUGUGGUGACUGAAAAAAAAGAUCCAACCGAUAAUUAACAAGAAGUGCACCUUUUUUUCUUUCCGUCGGUCUAAUGAGUGAACAAGUCAACGUUUUUUCGUUCCGCGUUGUGUUUCAUGGUGAGGUACGUUUUCAGCUAGAUGUUCGUGGGUUGCUGUGGGUUGAAAACAACCAAGAAGAUACAAGUCAACAGUGCAUUUGUUGCCUCCUGUGACCACGGGGUCCGCCCAUACGCCAUAGACAUGCCGAUCCACGCCAUGUUAUACUGGGUUUUUAAUUGUUUUUUUUUUUCCUGUUUUUUUCCGUUUCUUUGCAUACACUCUUAGGCCGUC